UUGUGCACCGGCAACAGCCAUGAAUACGUCCACUGCUACCAAACAGACCAAGACUGCUGGCAAAAAAAGGCAGGGAAAGAAGCCUGUCGCCGACCCUCCUGAGGCAGACUCUGCCAACAGAUCGCCGAAAAGAAGACAGAACGCGAAAUAUGACAGCAUGAUGGCCUUAAACACGGUGAACGUCGACAUCUCUCCCAAGAAACCCAGCCAAGAAGCGAAGGAACGAGUCCGCGAGAAGCUUCAGAUGCACGAGCUCCAGAGCGAGCUGACCAAGAAGAGAGUCGAGUGCGACAUUUUGCGAGAAGGCGGGAGACAGAUACGAGAAGAGUUGAACUAUCAGAAGGAAGUGCUGUCUCAGCAGACCAAUGAUACCAUACGUCGUCUUGAACAAGAGAACCACGAGCUGUCUGCUGUCGUGGAAGAACAGAGGAAACGGGAGGGCGAAAUUGAGAGGCAAGUUCAGGACCUGGAGAAGGCCCUCAGCGAUGCGUCGGAAGAGCUGAAAGACGUGCAAGAGAAACGGAAAACGCUUGAGGAGGAAAAGAAGCAAAUUGAGGAGGAAAAGGAAGAGCUGCGAAAAUCCAAUCGCCGCCAGGUGGACGAAAUCAGCGCCGCUAAGGCAGAAAUCAGCAAGAUUACUCGGCGGGCGGAGGAGGCGGAGAAGAAGGCGGCCCAGGAGCUACAGACGCGUCAAGAGGUGGAGGCGAAGAAUGAAGAAGUUGAGAAGGAGAAAGAUGCAGCAAUGUUGGAGAGAGAUGAGGCCCAAGCAUCUUGCAAGACCCUGGAAGAUCAUAUCGAGAGGAUGGAGCAGGAAAAGCGGGACCGGCCGUCAGAGGCCGCUCAGACCGACCUCCGGUCCUGCGUGUCCUGCGUCAGUAAGACUGAGUACAAAGGCGAUAUCACAGUGAUGGAGUCAUGCAGCCUCCUGCCGUACUUCAUCCACGGCGACAGGAGGAACCUCAUCGUCCCACUCCAGCGCAAACAGUCCAACGGCCAGUCCCAGUCCGGCGUCAUCGAUCUGAACGACUACAAGACAGACACCCCGCAAGACCACACGCCGCCCAAUGGUCAGCGUCCGGCGCCGCCGAGCAAGCUGAAGCGCAGGAGCUCCUCCAACCAAAGCACUAAACUGCCGAGCCUGCUGAAGUCGAAGAAAGGAGUCGCCGGGCGGGAGGUGAGGACGUCCGACCCUUUCCUGACCGGGAGGUUUGUGGACGCCAUUAGCGCGGACUCCAGCUCCCAGGCGCAGCUGCAGCAGGGGCAGAUCCUGGUGAUAGACCAGCAGGGAGGCGGCUACUACGUUCUGGUGGACGACAACAACGAAGCAGUGGCAGUGAACGGAGAGCAAAAGGACGGGGACCAGGGCCGGUGA